AUGGCCACCCCCAAUGUUCUUACUUUUGACGCUGAGGGGAGGGCCAUUGACUUUGCCGUCUGGAUUGAAGACCUGCAGCUGUACUUACUGUGUGAUGCGAUAGAUGAGGUCUCUCUUUUUGACUUUGUCUCUGGCGCUGUCCCUGCCCCACCUGCUGAUGCUGACUCUGCCGUUCGCUCCAAGUGGGCGACCCGCGAUGCUGCUGCACGUCUUGCUGUGCGUCGCCACCUCCCUUCCUCUGAGCGUGCCCACUUUAGUCAGUGCAAGACCGCUCAGGCCUUGUACGACGCUGUAGUUGCACGCUACUCCUCCCCUUCCUCCGCUACCCUUAGCCGCCUCAUGCUACCGUUUCUCUUCCCUGACCUUGCUUCCUUUCCCACUGUCGCUGACCUCGUUACCCACCUCCGUGCUAGUGACACCCGCUACCGCGCUGCCCUUCCUGCUGAGUUCCGCGCUGCGAACCCUCCUCCCAUGUACAUCACCCUCUACUUUCUCGUCACCCGUCUCCCUGAGUCCCUUCGUGUCGUUAGGGACCAGUUUCUCUCUGUCUGUCCCACCACUCUCACUGUCGACCUCCUUGAGGAGUCCCUGCUAGCGGCUGAGAAGAGUAUUGUCGCUGUAGGGGCCUCUCGGGGUGACCCUCGCACCCCCAUCUUUGAGGGGUGUGGUCCUUCCCCCCUGCUGCCCUCUGUCGCCUCUGCCGCUGCGGCCGACCUCACUGGUUUUGAGUCGGUCGGCGCGGCGUCUGCCCCCAGCGGCAGACGCCGCUCUGGCAAGGGCAAGGGGGGCAAGGGAGCGGGUGGAGCUCGAGGGGGCGGUGGAGGAGGCGGUGGGGGUGGCGGGGGGAGUGGGGGUGGCGGUGGGGGUGGUGGCGGGAGUGGAGGUACUAGUGGCGGCGGUGGAGGCGGAGGUGGCGGCGGAGGUGGUAGCGGGGGAGGCGGUGGGAGCGGUGGGAGCGACAGUCCUGGUGGGGGAGGUGGAGGUGGAGACGGGGGUGGCGGUGGAGGCGGGGGUGGCGGUGGAGGCGGGGGUCGGAGUGGCUCGUCCCAGCGGAGCAGCUCUGGGGGUGGUCCGCGCCAGCAGCAGCAGCAGCAGCAGCAGCAGCAGCAGCCACAGCAGCAGCAGCGCUCUCGCACCGUCCCCGCCCCUCAGCAGCUCCGUGAGUGGUAG